CACGGCACUAGCACAACACAUUGUGAGAUGUUGUCAACAACCACAGGGAGAAAUAGCGUCAGCACCACAGCAGGUGUCACAACUCCAACCAGCUUCCGUUGAUGAUGUUGAUACGACAACAAGUCAGCAACAGCUGCCCACAACUACAUCUUGUGUAGUUCCUCACACGACCAGUCUACAGGCCCCGACAACAGCAGCCCUGACACCAGCGUCCACAUCAGCUCUUCUACCCAGAAUACCAGGAUCUGUUGUAUCAGAGAUACAGUCGUCCGGUCUACCUGUGGCACCAGUGACUGGUGAUUCUCCUGUAGUCGCCCAGUACAACCUUUUCCAAGUACGGCAGGAGUUUGGAGAUGUGACAGUCAAGGGCGCCAGGAAUCUGAACAUUGGCGGCACGCAGAACGUUGGUACACCUCAGACCAACCCAGAGGAAGAGGAGAAGCCAUUGACUGUUGCAGCACGGAAGAUCAGGAAAAGAACGGAAUCUAGGAUUCAGUCAAUGACUAAAGACAUGGUGGAGACAGAAGCCCUCCAGAAAGUGACGGAGAAGCUGGACAGAGGAGCAACAUGGGUGACAAUUAAAGGAAGACCAGGAGAGGGGAAGUCUACAAUAGCCUACAUGGCCCUCAAAGAUCAGCACACUCAGGGGAGACAAGUAUAUCAGGUGGUGUCACCAGAAGAGUUCAAUGAGGUCAUAACGGCCAGCACAAACCCUGUCAUUAUGUUAGAUGACAUAUUCGGUGAUCUAGAAUUUGAUGUAGCAGAAUGGGCUAAGUGGAGACCAAGUCUACGACCUUUUGUGGAUAUGAGAGAUCCAGACAAGACCACUGAACAGGACUCCAAUGAUAAGUCCACUAAAAGUAAAAGAGAGAGAACAAAGGAUGAGCAAACAAUUCUAAAGAGAACAGCUCCAAACAAAGGCAAAACGAUCAUUAUCCUCGUAGGCCGUGACUAUGUGCUGAAAUCCUCACUGGCAGACUUGGGAAGGAUGGCAGAUUACAUAUCUAGUCCCCUGUAUGUAGUGGAAGUUUCCUCACAGAGAGACUCUAAUGAACGAAAGAAGAUAUGGCAUGUUCAUGCCAAAACUAAAAACAUAGACCUUGAUGAGUCAACCGUGUCUCGGAUAUGUCAAUCUGACUGUCCACACGGCUUUCCCCACGUGUGUAAAAUGUUUGUCACAACAUAUGAAAAGGAUCAGACUCAGCUUCCAGUAGAUAAGUUUUUUCAAGCGCCUCUAGCAUUCCUCAAACAGACCCUAGAUAAAUUCCUUAAAGAUGAGACAAAGGUGUCCCUGUUCAAGGCUAUGAUUAAAAGGGAUGGAAAGAUUAGUGGACAAGAGUUGGAAGAGGAGGAUGCCCAUGGAUACAAAUACAUAACAGCUGCUGAUGAUUUGGCUGGAUCCUACCUCAAGAAGGAAGAUGACACAUACAUGUUUAACCAUCCCUCUAUAUAUGACUGUGUCGCUUUAAUUCUCAGCACAAAACAAUCAAAGUUUGUCAUCGAUUUUUGCAGUUUGUCAUUCAUCCAUCAGCGACUUCGUCUUAAAGCCUCCACAAGACCUGGGGAAAACGUUCCUGGUGAGACAGAUCUUGUUGCAAACAUCUCCUGGAACUAUGCUAAACAUCUAGCAAGAAGAUUUGCAACUGAAAUUUCAAGGAGCAAUUUGUUGCAUGUCUUAUCGCACCAGGCAUGUUGUAAUUCAGACUUUAUUAACUUGCUAAUAGGCUGCCUGAAGACACAGUGUCACAUGUCUGUUUCUGAUAUUCUCAAACUAGCUGAUAACUCUUCAGAACAGUCAUUUUGUGAAUUAAUUUCUAGCAGCAAGUCACAUCAUCUCAUCAAAUUUAUUAUGGAGAAAGAAAACAGAACAUUCAGCCAGAGUGAACUGAGAGACAUUUUACUUGGUGUGUGCAUGAAUGCUGCUUGUAGUGUAUUGACCUAUAUCAGUGAACUAUAUCAUCAGCUUGAGAUAGAUGCUAGAUAUGGUAGGAAGGAGAAAACACCACUUAUGUUAGCAGCAGAAACCAAAGACAGUGUGUUUGUUAAUCAUAUUAUGGCCCUUCACCCUGACCUGAAUGCAAGAGACCGUCACGAUCAAACAGUCUUUCAAUACCUUUGUGCAAAUGGCCUUACAUCAGCUGUUGAACAUGCAAUCAACAUGGGCGCUGAUGUUAAUGAGCAUUAUUCUCCAGUUUUGUAUUUUUACCCACGAGCACAUCACCAACGCCCUCUAUACCUUGCCAUAGAAAAUGGUCAUGUUGGGGUGUUGGAACUGCUGCUGCAAAAAGGAUGUGAUAUAGAUAAACAGAGAGGUCUUGGUUGUGCACUGAAGAGCCAGAACACGCAUAUGACGCGUUUUCCUUUAGAUAGAGGAGUACAGGUUGAUGGUGAUGCCUUGUGCAUUGCUUGUAGGUUGAAAAACUUGCGUAUCAUCAAGAUGUUGUUUGAGGAGGGUGCAACAGUUGACAUGAUUUCAAUUAAAGGGGAUACUCCUCUUCACGGUGCUUGUGACCCUAAUGUUGUCUCGUUUUUGUUGGAGAAAGGAGCUAACGUGAAUGUUAAGAAUGAAACAGGCGACACACCACUUUAUGCAGCAGCAUGGGAUGGAUAUACAGAGUGUGUUGAUCUGUUACUCAGGGCUGGAGCUUCUGUGAAUGUACAGAACAAUACAGGUAACACACCACUUUAUGCAGCAGAAUUGGGUGGAUAUACAGAGUGUGUUGAUCUGUUACUGAAGGCUGGAGCUAAUGUGAAUGUACAGAACAAUACAGGUAACACACCACUUCAUGCAGCAACAUCGAAUGGAUAUACAGAGUGUGUUGAUCUGUUACUGAAGGCUGGAGCUAAUGUGAAUGUACAGAACAAUACAGGUAACACACCACUUUAUGCAGCAGCAGGAAUAGCAGGGUGGAGAUCUACAGGGAUUGUUGAUGAGUUACUGAAGGCUGGAGCUAAUGUGAAUGUACAAAACAAUACAGGUGACACACCACUUCAUGACGCAGCAGCAACAGCAUGGUAUGGAUCUACAGUGAUUGUUGGUCCGUUACUUAAGGCUGGAGCUUCUGUGAAUGUACAGAACAUUACAGGUGACACACCACUUCAUAAAAUAGCAGCAACAGCAGCAGAAGGGUUUGGAUCUACAGAGUGUGUUGAUAUGUUACUGAAAGCUGGAGCUGAUGUGAAUGUACAGAACAAUACAGGUCACGCACCAGUAUUUCAUUGACCAGGACAUCCAAAACCUUAUCAGAGAUAUGCUACUGUUAUUAGAAAUAAUUGGUAAUAAUAUAUAUUAUCCCAGUGUCAUUGCUGAGCGAAGGUUAUGGAUGUCGGACAGUUUGGUAUAUGAGCAAGCUCUUCUCCCUUAAUCCUUUGUCUCACUUCAUUACUGAUGGUGUGAGGUGUUUAUGUCGUUGAUGGAUGGGUUUUUUUGGUUUAACACCGCACUCAGCAAUAUCCAAGCUGUUUGAUGGCGGUCUGUAAAUAAUCGAGACUGGAUCAGACAUUAUAGUGAUUGACAUCAUGAGCAUCGAUCUUCGCAAUGGGCGAUCUUGUUUAAUUCAUCUUCCCUUCACUCACCCGGCUGGUGCACUGACUUGGACGGUCCAACCUUAAACUGACGGCGUAUGUGGUACGAGCGGUACAUGUCAAUAUCACACCUGUAGACAGUUGACCAGUAUAGCCUUCAUCUCUAGCGGCAACGGUCACGCUGGUGAAAAGACAGUAUUUCUUUUCGCCUAAACAAAGAUCUAUCUAUAGUCAUGUCCGGAAAUAGAUGUUCAUGAUUCACUGGUACAUUAGGGAUGGCAAAGACUGGUUACAUCGUAUAGUUAACCACUUGAUAGCCAUUCGAAACGAAACCAUAUCUAUGUUGUAGUAUCGCCAAUCACGCUACACCAUAUGCAUGCAUUUCAGUACAGUGGUAAGGUGAUGGGGUACGCGAAAUGUGAAGGUCUUAUUCAACGUAAAGUUGAAAGUUGACUAAAUGUUGUGAAUUUCGACAGCAACACAUGUAAGUAUUUGUCAGGUAUAUAACUUAGAGAAGUGUGAAAUGUUUUCAAGAAAUUGCAAAAGAAAACAGGCAGUGACAAAUAAUGUCAUCAGCUAGAUAGCACAAUACAAUGUUCACUAUAAAAGAAAUGAAAAUCACUAAAAUGGAUUUUGAUACUUAAGGGUUAGUUGGUGCAUGUUGCAUCAAAAAAGAUUUUAUGGAUGAAUGGUGGCUGUAUUGUAUUGCCAAAUACUACCGUGAUUAUAUUUCUAUAUGAUAAAUAAAAGAGGGCUGAGGUGCAGAGCCAAAAAGAGUUUAUAAAUUGGACACAUUUAAUAUCCCCACGGUAUAACGAUAUGUACAAUUGCUGAGUAGAAUGAGAGGAAUGCAGGAUCUUGGCUUCCAUUAUAUGCACAUUCUCUGUCAGAAAAUAGAUUGUUGCAUGCAUAUAUAGCAACCAUGUGAUUUUGAUUUUAUAUUUUCGAUGCCAUUCCUAUUCAUCUGGAACUUUUUCAGUCAUUCCUUUUAAAUAUUGUUUCAACUUCAAUAAACUUGAUUUGUAUA